AUUUGAAUUUAAAUUGUUCCAUAUUGUUUAUUAUUAUUUUCUUUGCAUGAAGCCUAUUAAUAUAGUAAUAAGUGCCUAUAAUUGCCUAAAUAUUUAUAUAUUUCAAAGAAUAAAGUUCAUUGGAACAACCAUGAAUUGGCCAGCAGGACAAUUAGAAUUCUACUUGCACUGGUAUGUGUCAUCACUGAUGACAUCACUCUGGAACCCGCUGACAUCACAAUGGGAGCUCUGAUACCACUUUGAACUAGAACACCACUGUAUCACUUCAGCUUGAUAACACAUAGGCAACAGCACAAAGAAAAACAGGCAGCUAAUACUUAUUGAAUUGCACAUCCUCAACCCUAUAAUCAUCGACAUCCUAUUGCAAAGAUGCCUUUAAAAGAGGAGAAUAAGUCAAAGGAGAUGAGAGAGCUUUAAAAUUACUGGAGAUGGAGGAUGAUGGGCAGGAAGAACAGCAGCCAUCAGGCUGCUUCAUGGCUACCGUCAGGUCUAUGGUGACCACUGUCAGGGACAGCAUCAGGAGGAGGCGAGUGAGACGGCGGCGAAAGAAUUGCCACGUUGCCAAAGUGCAUGAGGGGAAAGAGGAGGCAGGCGCUGAGAAGCCAAAGGUGAAGAAAAUAAAGCGCUGGGUGAUCAACCCAUUUAGGAGGAGGAGGCCAAAGGACCGAGAAGCAGCAGCGGCUGCAAAGGCCAUAGAGGAAUGCAGUAUUGAGGAGUGCAGGGCAGAAGAGGCCAUCGAGGCCCCUCAGGCCACUGAGGCCACUGAGGGCAAGGAGGAAGUGACAUCCGAGACCCCGGCUGAGGCUGCAGGCUUACAGGCCGAGGCAUGUCCGACGGCUGCUGAUCAUGACGCUGAUGAUGCUGCUGCUGAUGAUAUUGAUGAUGAUAUUGAAGAUGAUGGUGUCGCCACAGCCACUGAGGAGGCCAGGAGAUGCUGUGAGGAUGUUGUCCAGUCUAGCCUUCUGGGUUUUGACAUACCAGAGGGACUGAUAACACAUCAGACACUGAGACACAUCAGAGAGACCGACGAGUCAAACGCAUGGGAUCUAUUCGUGCUACUGAGCCUCACUGUUUUUUUGGGGGGCAUUACAUUCUAUUUUUUUGUUUCCCUUUUUAAAAUCAUAACUGAAGAUGUGUAAUGCAAGAACGACAUGGACUGGAUGUGUGUUGGGGGAAACAUGGGCUGUGAGUGUGGAGGAAAACUCCAAAAUGAGAAAAGAAAGAAAGAAAUUUACAAUUUUAAAAUAAAUCCAACUUUAACUUUACCAAACAACAAACCAACAAACCAACUUCAAAAUACAUUUCUUUAAAAUAAAGUCUCCAAAAUGCA